AUGCAGAUGAGUUAUGACGGACACCUUUGUCUGCGAGAUGCGCAUGCCGCAACACGGGAUGAAGUGCAAACAUGUCGUGGAUCGCCGUGCCCAGCCGACUCUACUAACUACAAACUCAAACGCAACAACACACACGCGGCCCCGAAACCAACAAGAAGACCAACAUCAGCAGUGCAGCCUGGCCGGCCCCCAAACACACUACUAUGCCACCCCCCGGCCAUGAACCUCGCUCUCCUCCCCUACACGGUGUUUUUCGAAAUCGUGUCCCACCUCUCUGCGGUCGAGGCCCUCACGUCGCGCCGCAUCUCGCGUGACGUGCACUCGGCGCUCGUACGGCCCGACCUCAGCAUCAGCCUCAUCCUCUUGCACUUCCCGCGGUCGCUCGAGGGCCGCACCCUCCGCGGGCACCUCCGCGCCGGCCGCCACGGGGCUCUCGAGGACGAGGACUGGGCGGGCGUCUUUGCGACGCUGGCGAGACGCUAUCACCACCUGGGCCAUGCGACGCCCUGGAGGGUCGACAAGGUGCGCGUCGCGAGGAGCCCCAGGCUCCGGGGCGUCACGCCGUGGAACAGGUUCCUGAGGCUGGACGACAAGACGGCCGCCUUUGACUACUGGGACCCCGUGUGGGCGUUUGCGCCGCGGCAGGGCGUCCUGGUGUAUCCCGCCGCCGCGGGCGCCGCCGUCGUGUACAGGGCGAGGGACCUGGCGAGCGGCGACGAGGCCGAGGUGCCCUUCGACACGGGCGGCAAGGUCGUCCGGAGGGUGCGGCUGAGCCACGGCAUCCUGGUGGUUGAGUGGUGCGAGGAGCAGGGACACGACGAGCUGGACGGCGCCGAGGCCGCGCAUCGCCACUUCGCCACGGCCUUUGACGUCGCCGCUCGCGGUCGCGGCCGGCGGCAGGUGUCCUUCCGGUCCGAGUGGACGACGCACCACCUGGGCCUGCCGCCCUCCCACCAGGACCGCUUCUUCUCGACGCACAACGCGACGCACUACGUCGUCUACAUCUGGCAGCCGACGCGGUCGCCGUGGGGCGACUGGGGGGUCCGGCAGGCCGACACGCCCCGGCUGCGAGGCCUCGCCCUCGACCGAAACACCUGGGACGCGGACGCGCGCUCGCCCACGGGCCACGUCUUCUUCGUCGAGGAGGAGCACCGCUGGUGCGCGGGCCCGCAUAGCAGCGCCACGCCUCCGCGGCAGCACCACCUGCGCACCACGGGGAUACCCCUCGUGGGCGACGGGCCGAGAUGGGUAGACGACUGCGGCGGGCGGGGGAGCUUCGCCGAGCACGCCAUGGAGUUUUGCCCCCGCGGCUGCCGGGCCAGCUGCGCGGACGAGGUGGACGAGGCGGACGAGGAUGAUAUUUCAACGUGGCCCGGCAGGACGCCGUGCUGGCGCCACGACGACUUCCCGUACCUCACUGUUUCAGAGGCCCAUGACGUGCUGGCGGGCGUGAGAAUCACGGCGAGACACUGCUUCAUGAUGGAGACGCUGUCGGUGCAUGUGCGGCCGCAGCUGUGCGUCGAGGGGGUCGCGCGGUAUCGCAGCGGGGACCGGGGACACGCAGCCCCAGAUGACGACGAGGUUCGGCUCGACGAUGGUUUGUGGGCGCAGCUCAUGGGCAAGGGGUGCAUCGUUGGUGAUGAGCGGUGGGUUGUGGGCGAGGACGAAGCCGGGGACGUGACCGUUUUGAUGUUUUAG